AUGGAUAGUGCUGGCCUCACCGCGGGUCUCAGUGCCUCCACCCCGCCCACACCGUCAGCAAGUCAAGCAGCAACGCUAUCGAUGAAUUUUGCCCUCCCCUCUGCCUCCGCCUCGGCUGUACCGACCUCGCCUUCAACGUCGGCGUUGGCUUUUGAGCAGAUCUUUGGAGGCCUUAUGUUCCCCCCACCUACAAAUACUACAGCAAAGGGAUUAGUGAUGGGAGAGAAGGGAAGUCCCACAGGGCUACCGUCUUGGCUACCGACAUCUUCCAUUGGGGAGAGUGGAAUUCCUACUGGGGGUGGUAAGUGA